AUGGGACUGAUGCGCGCGCGCAACUGAAAAUUCAUCUUUGAGUAGUUGAGCGCCAACUGUCACGCGGGGCGCACGACUCGCGCACUUCAAAAUUAUAACCUCGGGAAAAAACGUGCUAACUUAAACAUGAAAUUUCUGACAAAAAUAUUAACCGUGCUGGCCGCGGUGGCGAUAUCGUCGAGCAGCGUGGUGAGGUCCUCAGAUGGCAACUUCGAGCUACUAAUCCUGCACAACAAUGACAUGCACGCGAGGUUCGAGCAGACUUCACAACACAGCGGGUCCUGCACCAAGGCUGACAGAGAGGCGAAGAAAUGCUACGGAGGAUUCGCGAGGGUUGCCCAUGUAGUAAAAGAAGCGAGAGCAGCGGCAAAGUCUGGUGCGGGACCACCGGUUUUGUACCUCAAUGCUGGUGACACGUACACUGGUACUGCUUGGUUCACGAUAUACAAAUGGAGAAUAGCUGCGGAGUUCAUCAACGCUUUGCAACCCGACGCUGUUUCUCUCGGAAACCAAGAUUUGCAAAUUGGAUCGGAUGAUGUUCCACAAUACCUUAACGAUAUACAAAGUAAAAUACUGGCCAGCAACGUCAUCUUGAAAAACCAAAAUGUGGAUAAAUCAAUAAUCAUGGAUAUUAAUGGAGUUAAAGUGGGAAUUGUCGGUUACCUUACACCUGAUGCGAGUAUGUUAGACAGUUCUGGAGAUAUUGAGUAUAUUGACGAAGUUCUAGCUCUUAAAGAAGAAGUAUCUAAUUUACAGAAGUUCGAUGUUAAUAUUAUUAUUGCCUUAGGACAUUCCACUCUCAAUAAAGCUAAAGAAAUUGCAGCAGAUGUUGAUGGUAUAGAUCUAAUUAUAAAUGGUUACAAGAACAAAUUCUCAUGGAAUCGUAAUGACAUAGAAACAGAUUUACAAAAGGAGAUUACUGUCACUCAACCAUCUGGUAAACAAGUGCCAAUUGUACCUUCAACUGCAUACAGCAAAUAUCUCGGAAAGAUUUUGAUUAAAUUCGACACCGCUGGUGAAAUUGUUGAUCAUGAUGCCAAUGCAAUUCUGCUCGACUCAGCGAUACCUGAAGAUAACGAAGCUGUACAAAUUAAAACCAGAUACUUUGCGGAAAUGUUGACAAGAUCCAACGAAGUGAUCGGGAACACAGCGGUGGUACUUGAUGGCGAGACCUGUAAGACUGAAGAAUGUAAUUUAGGCAAUUUGAUUGCUGACUCUAUGAUGUAUUAUAACGCCCUAAGAUUUGUAGGCGAGGAUCCAUGGACAGAUGCACCAAUUGCUAUUAUUCAUGGAGGUGCUAUUAAAGCAUCUAUUGCACCAACAAACCGACCAGCGGCGGUAACAAGAGGAAAUUUAUUAACCGCUCUCCCUCUAGAAAGUAACGUAGUAGCUAUUACCGUGAACGGUACAAUUUUAAAUCAAGUACUCGAACAUUCCGUUAGUGACUACAACUUGGAAAACUCGUCAGGGCGUUUCCUCCAAUUUUCUGGUAUUCGUGUAGAAUACGAUUUGUCCCGUGAUCCUGGUUCGAGAGUAGUAAACGCAGUUGUUCGUUGUGGAAGAUGUACGGUACCGCAAUUUUUCGUCAUAGAUGAUUGGAGAUCAUACAAAAUACUCAUGCCAGUGGCUAUCGCAAACGGAGAAUUUGGAUACACCAUGUUUGGAGGUUUACCCAGAGAAAAUAAUGACUACGAUGAAGUUACUUGUACAGCGGAAUUUAUCCGUUUAAGGAGUCCAGUAUACCCUGAAAUAGCUAGUCGCAUAAUACUCAACAAUAUACCAUCGCUGGGCAAUCACGAGUUAGACAAUGGAGUUUCUGGAUUAACACCGUUCAUAAAAAAUGUGACAUGCCCCGUCCUGGCUGCAAAUCUUGACCUUAGCAAAGAAGCUGAUUUGGCUGCUGAGUCCAAUUUAAUGAAUUCAGUGAUCUUUGACAUAAAUGGAACUAAAAUUGGUAUUAUAGGAUACCUCACACCGGAUACAAAGGUUUUAGCUAUAAGAAAUAAUGUUGAAUACAUCGAAGAGGUUAAAGCUAUAAGAGAAGAAGUGAAAAACCUAAAAAAAGAAGGAGUUAAAAUAUUUAUUGCUCUGGGACAUUCUGGUUUUACUAAGGAUCUCCAAAUUGCUAAAGAGGUUGAAGAUAUUGAUCUAGUUAUUGGAGGCCAUACGAAUACUUUUCUUUGGAAUGGUCAAGUCCCUGAUAUAGAAGAACCUCAGGGACCGUACCCAACGCUUGUCAAACAAGCAUCUGGUAGAGUAGUUCCCGCAGUACAAGCUUACGCUUACACGAAAUAUUUAGGCAAACUACAAAUAACAUUCAACGCAGAUGGAGAAAUUACAAAAUUUGAUGGUAAUCCAAUUCUUUUAAACCACCUAAUUCCCGAAGAUCCUGAUGUUUUGGAAAUAGUCAAUCGAUAUCGGGGUGAUGUUAUGAAAAUAUCUGAAGUAGUUAUAGGAAACACAUCCGUCAUUUUGGACGCUAGAAUGUGUCGCUUACAGGAAUGCAAUAUAGGCAAUUUGAUAUGUGACGCUAUGAUUUACAAAUAUGUUACGUUAUAUAAGGGAGAAGGAUGGACGGAUGCUCCAAUAGCUAUCAUACAAGGAGGUGGUAUCAGAGCAUCUGUAGCUCAUUUAAAUAUGCCCUGUAAUGUAACUAAAGGCGAAUUAAUAACAGUCAUGCCUUUUGAUGGCAGCAUGGCGAAAGUGACAAUAAACGGCAGCGGUAUACUGACCAUGCUUGAACAUGCUGUUGCCAGUUAUAAUACUAUACGAGCACCAGGGCAGUUUUUGCAAAUAUCAGGCUUAAAAGUUGUGUACGAUUUCAAAAUGCCAUCAGGAAAACGAGUCCAGGACGUUUACGUGCGAUGUGGAAUGUGCGAAAUUCCUUCAUUUGCACCACUGAAUAAAACGCAAAAAUAUAAUAUAUUGAUGCCAUCGUUUAUAUCCCUCGGUGGUGAUGGAUUCUACUCUCUUGGAAACCACGAGUUCGACAACGGUGUGAGUGGAUUAACACCGUUUAUAGAAAAUUUAACGUGCCCUAUAGUUGCCGCGAAUCUCAUUUUGGACAAAGUUCCUGAAUUAGCUCAAACAGAAAAGCUCAAGAAGUCCGUCGUUCUUAACGUAAAUGAUAAGAAAAUAGGUAUAGUGGGAUAUUUGACACCAGAUACAAAAGUAUUAGCAGUCAAGAACGAUGUAGAGUAUAUUGAAGAGGUUGAAGCACUUAAUAUAGAAGUAAAAAGAUUGCAAAGCCAGGGAAUUAAAAUCAUUAUAGCACUAGGUCAUUCAGGAUACUUAAAAGAUUUGGAAAUUGCGAAAAAGGUAGAAGGCGUGGAUCUGGUUAUUGGGGGUCACACAAACACUUUUCUAUGGAACGGAACCAGCCCUGACUCGGAACACUCACAAGGCCCUUACCCUACAUACGUGACUCAAGCCUCGGGCAGAAGCGUGCCAGUAGUCCAAGCAUAUGCGUACACAAAGUAUUUAGGAAGACUGCAUAUGAUAUUCGACGAAGACGGAGAAAUAGCUUCUCUAGAUGGAGAACCUAUAUUACUUAACCAAGAUAUACCUCAAGAUCCAAACGUUUUACAUAUUAUAGAAAAAUAUAGAGCGGGCAUUUUGAACUCUACCGAAGAAAUACUUGGAAAUACGUCCGUAAUCCUUGAUGGUCAAUCAUGCAUGAUUAAAGAAUGUAAUCUGGGUAACAUGAUAACCGAUGCUAUGGUAUUCCAGUAUGCAACGAAUUACCGAGGCGAGCACUGGACUGAUGCUCCUAUCGCUAUCAUGCAAGGCGGCGGCAUUAGGUCAUCUGUAGCACACGCGAUAAUGCCUUCGAAUAUAACCAAAGGUGACUUGUUGGCGAUAAUGCCAUUCGACGGUAGUUUGGUUACAGUCACAAUGAACGGUUCAGUACUCUUACAAAUGCUAGAACAUUCUUCUCUUGGAAACCACGAAUUUGAUGAAGCAAUUGAAGGGCUCAUACCGUUCAUCAGAAACGUCACCACACCGGUCUUGGCAGCUAACCUCAUCUUAAACAAAGUUCCUGAACUACAAAAUGAAAGUAAUCUACACAGAUCUAUUAUAAUAAUAAAAAAUGGCGUAAAAAUAGGUAUUAUAGGAUAUCUGACACCACAAACCAAAUACCUAGUAUUCAAAAAUGAUGUUGAAUACGAAGACGAAGUAAUCGCUUUAAAAAGAGAAGUAAAACAGCUAAAACAUAAAGGUGUCAAUAUUCUUAUAGCGUUAGGACAUUCCGGAUUCGAAGAAGACUUAAUAAUAGCAAAAGAAGUUGAAGACAUCGACUUAGUGAUUGGAGGGCAUUCUAAUACAUUCCUUUGGAACGAUAUAGUGACCGACGAAAUAACAGAGCCUAUCUCAGGGCCGUACCCGACUGUCGUGCGCCAAGCGUCAGGACGGUUAGUGCGCGUUGUACAGGCUUAUGCAUACACAAAGUAUUUGGGAAAACUGCAUUUAAUAUUCGAUUCCGACGGCGAAAUAAUCGAAUGCGAUGGGACACCGUUGUUAUUAGACCAAGAAGUACCUAGGGAUCCAGAAUUAAUGAAAAUUGUUAACAAGUAUCGCGUUGAGGUAGAACGCAUAAGCAACGAAGUGGUCGGGUCAUCCCAAGUAUUUCUAGAUGGUAAAACUUGCCGCUUACAAGAAUGCAACUUAGGAGACCUUAUAACAACAGCUAUGCUUAAUUACACUCAAGAGAAUCAUCUAUCUAAUGUAAACAUAGCCAUAAUUGCAGGGGGAAGAAUAAGAUCAUCAAUCAGCCAUCCACAAACACCAUUUAGUUUAACAAGAGGAGAAUGGAUGACUGUCCUGCCCUUUUCAGACGUUUUGACAAUUGUCACUAUGAACGGAAGUACGUUGAGAGAAGGUUUAGAACAUUCUGUGUCGGAAUGGAAUCCUGUGGAUAGCAAAGGUCAGUUCCUACAAUUUUCUGGUAUAGAAGUAGUUUAUGAUUUAGAAAAACCUCCGGGCUCGCGUGUAGUCAAAGCUAAAGCUGUGUGUUCAAACUGCGGGCAGUUCAAACCGGUCGAUGUAAAAGAUUAUUAUGAAUACGAAGUUUUAAUGCCAAGUUUUCUAGCGCAAAGGGGGGAUGGAUUCACGAUGUUCGAUGGUCUACCAGACUGGCCACUAACUUACAAUGAGCUAGAAUGCGUAUUAUAUUACGUGAACAAAUACAGCCCGAUAAACCAAACCAGAAAUGGACGAAUAACUUUGUUGAAUGAAGACAAAGCAAGAAAGAGGUUUUCUUAUGACGCUCGCAACGCACCAUCUUCUUCAAUACGCGUUUUUAAUACCAAAGCGAAGUAUGUCGUUUGGGUGGCUGCAUUGUUAUUGAUACGAAAUAUUUAGGUCAAUUAUAUAGUAUUUUCAUUAGUUUUAGUAAAUAUACGUAGGUACAAAGUACAAGCAUCGCAGUAUAAAUCUUAUACAGAGUGGCUAGACACUAUAAACAUUGUUAUAUAGUUAAUUGUAGAUACAUAUUAUUACUGUUAAUAUAUUAACCAAAUUCUUUGAAUAAGUAUACGUUUUUAUUGUUUUUAUUUUAAAGGACGUUAAUUUGAGUAUAAAUAUGAUAGAUGAACUAAGUAAAAUUGUUCGCAUUAUUUAUUUUAUCCAUACUAUAUAUUUGUCUCCUUAUUAUGGGGACUAUAAACUCAUGUAGUCUUUGCAAGAACUUUAUAAAUACAUCUAUAUUACCAAAGCAAAGAGAAAUAAAAGACAAUAUAUACAAUAAUAGAAUUUAAUUAAAAUAUCAAACGUUUACAAACAAGACAUAAUGAUUUCCAUUAAAGAACUAGAUUACAAAGUAAAAAGAUUGAGUAUUAAUCAUAUAAUAUGUAAAAGACGAUAUAAAAAGCAAGCUUAUAAAAUAAUUAUUGAUUAAUUAUAUUCAGAUGCAAGCGGAAUAAUAUUGGCCUUGUAAUAAAUUCCGUUUUUUUUAAAUAAACUGUUUUUAGUAGGUAACAUUGCCAUAGAUAUCUAAGAUUUUGUGGCACUAAAUAAAACAUGUAUUCCAAUAUGAAAUCACGCAAAAUAAUUCGAAAAACUAUUCAUAUGCUACCACGAUAAGAAUAUUGACAUUCCGUCUAAAUUUAAACUGACUUCAGGUGACUAGGUGAUUCCUUAACAAAAACUAAGCAAUUACUAAAAGCAUAAACAAUGGACUGAAUAGUUAUAAAAUUGACCAAUGUGCAGAAAGAGACGACCGAACGUCCAAUAUGUUACUGACGUAAUUGUAAUAAAGACGCGUUUGUAUACAUUAUUCCUGUAAGAUCAGAACCAAUCAAGAUGCAACCGAAUAAGGCAGGUUUGAUAAUUUUGUCUCUUUCACACUUUUUCGCCUAUUCAAUUGAUGGCUGGAUAAAAAUCAAUUGUGUCUUUGUAUUGAGUUACAAACAUAAAUUAUAGUGUAAAGUUAGUGCGAGUUAAUGCUGUCCAGAAUUUUGGAUAUAUUUUAUCAAGCUGUUGCACAUAUUCACUUAAAAAUAUUCAUUAAAAUCAACACAAAUCAAGGCACAUCGAAUACUAUAGUUAUACCUUUUCGUAACUUUCCGAUUCUCUUAUCUCAAAAUAUAUAAUUUAAGCAAUAUAAAACACUAAUUUGUGAUAUAGCAAUAAGUUUACUAUUUUACAAGUUACUAAUUAAAAAAAUAUUUCUAAACAAACGAUUUUACGAAGAAAACAUAUUUGGAUUUAUCAUAACCCAUAGCUAUUUUAAUUUGAAAAUCUAAAAUUUUUUUUAGAUAAGAAAUUGAGAAAGAAAGAUCACGAUAUGACAUUAUAAUAAUUCUAAAAUAGUACGUACUUAAAAUAAUACGGUCUUAAUACUUAACAAUGGUUUGAUGAAAAUAAAAUACGAAAAUUUAAUCCAAACUUUGGAAGCACGCUGUUAGGAACAAUUUUGUUAAUUUCAACAUUCAAACUUACUAAUAAACACUUUGUACCAAUUAUUAACCUAAAAAAUAUUUCGACCAUUGGUUUCAACUCAAACUCUAGUAUUAUAGUGACAUAACGUAUAAUAAUGAGUAAUUCCGUCUAAGAAUUACAUUAAAUAUAAAAGGAAAAACUUAAAGGCCAACGCGAUUACAUCGAUUUUUUAUCUUUAUAAAACAGUUGAACUAUCUUGCUAUUUUUAAUGCUGUUUUAUAAUACGCUAUAAACAACCGUUGUUAAUAAAUUAUCCCAAUGUCAAUCUUCAAUCCGAUUCCGAGAAGGAACCAAUCAAAAUAACUCAUUUGCAAGUAUGUCAAAAUGCUUUAUUCUGAUUGGUCAAGUCUCGAGAUCGCUUGAAACAAGCGAUUGGGAUCGUUCACUGAAAUUGCAGUUAUUCGAGCUUGUCAAGAGAUAAUAUUUAUAAUUAAAUCUCGUGAAAGAUUAGUUAAUUACAGGGCAAUACAAUUGUUGGUAGGAAAAAUAGAUUCUAAAUAUUUUUGUUAGGGUAACGGGUAUGUCGCAGCUAAUAAACAUAAAUUUCAAAUUGCGUUUCGAAACGUAGCGUUAAUUGUAAAACAAAUUGGUUGAAAAAUGUGAUUGUAACAUUAAUACUUUAGCAUUAAUAUAUUAACUGUAUCGUUAUAUGGAUACAUCAAUAUGAACCGUAACCUGGUAUCUAUAAAGUCAGCUUUCGCUAUGCUACAGCAUACAAAGUUUAUACCCAUAUCAAUAUGUACCACCCGUCUUCAAUAAAUAACCGUUCGGUUUU